AUGUCCGACGCUCAGGCCUCGGCGUCCAAGGGGGCCGACAAUGUCAUCGAGAAUAAGAACCGGCGCCACCGCAAGGACAAGCCGUGGGACACGGACGACAUCGACCAUUGGGAGAUUCCCGAAUUCAAGAAGGAGGAGAUGAAGGGUCCCCUCACGGAGGAGUCGUCGUUUGCGACCCUCUUCCCAAAGUACCGAGAGCGGUACCUCAAGGAGGUGUGGGCGGACGUGACGUCGGCGCUCGACAAGCACGGCGUGGCGUGUACGCUGGAUCUGGUCGAGGGCUCGAUGCUGGUCAAGACGACGCGCAAGACGUUUGACCCUUACAUCAUCCUCAAGGCGAGAGACAUGAUCAAGCUCCUCUCGCGAAGCGUCCCCUUUCCGCAGGCCGUCAAGAUCCUCGACGACGGCGUCGCCUGCGACGUCAUAAAAAUCGGCAACAUUGUCAGGAACAAGGAGCGCUUCGUCAAGCGCAGGCAACGGAUCAUUGGUCCCAACGGCAGCACGCUCAAGGCUAUCGAGCUCCUCACCGGCUGCUACGUCUUGGUCCAGGGCAACACGGUCAGCGCCAUGGGCCCCUACAAGGCGCUCAAGGAUGUGCGGAGGAUCGUGCUCGACUGCCUCAAGAACAUCCAUCCGAUCUACCACAUCAAGGAACUCAUGAUCAAGCGCGAGCUGGCCAAGGACCCGAAGCUGGCCGAAGAGUCGUGGGAUCGCUUCCUGCCCAAGUUUAAGAAGCGCAACGUCAAGUCCAAGAAGCCCUCGUCCGCCGCCGGAGGGCCGACGACGAGCGGGAGCAACGAGACGCCGCUCGGCACUCGCGCCGCGACCGACGCCAAUGGCGAGGCGAGCUCCAAGCCCAAACCCAAGCCCAAGCAGAAGACCUACACGCCCUUCCCGCCCCCGCAGCAGCCGAGAAAGGUCGACCUGCAGCUCGAGUCCGGCGAGUACUUCCUCAAGCCCCAGGAGCGCGAACGCGCCGAAAAGGCAAAGAAGCUCGAAAAGAAGCUCACAGCCCAGGCCGAAGUGGCCCAGCAGCGCGAGCGGGAGCGCGAAAAGGCCUUCCAGCCCCCCACCGAGGGCGGCGCAGCAAAGGACGACAAGAAGAAGAAACGGAAGCGCGACGAAGCCGUCGCCGCUGCUACAGAAACCUCGUCGCCCGAAAAGAAGGACAAGAGGGACAAGAAGGACAGGAAGAAGAAGUCCAAGAGGGACGAAGAGUAG